GCGGUGGCAGACCACGUGGUGGACGACUAUUGGCUAUCAGUGCCGACCGCAGCCACAGUCGGCCCGUCAUUGGCCGCCGCCUCAGUCGUCGUGACGGUCGCCGAUCUGAAGCGUCACGUGAUUGACACGUGUUGUGCGGCCAUCGAUGGCACAGUCGAAGUGGAUCUGUGGCUCAACGACGGCCUACUCGACGACCGCACGCCUGUCGACCACAUAUUGGCCAACAGAGACCGCAUUGACGUUCGACCCCGCGGUGGCGGAGGGGGUGCCGCCGGCGGUGACGGCAGUGGUCAGCCCUCAUCCAGUGGCCAAUCAAUGACCGCUGAUAUAUACGAAUCGGACACCGAUUGGCGCCACAGAGACCACACUUAUAGAGCAGGUCGUCACAGACCGCCGUCAUCGGUGGUCAACAACAACCGUCUUAAUGCGCUGAAGAAGGAAAUACCGGUAAACCAAUACAAUGGCCGCUAUAUUAACGUUUUGAAUCGUAACACUAAUUGUCUGAAAUCGAUGCAAAAGCGGACAUUUGUGGCCAAUAUUACCGAUAAUAACGCCAAUCGCAAGACACGAGUGCCGCCAGUGGUGCCAAUAAUC